GACCUUGAAUAGAUUCGCCCAUCGUAUUCGUAUUCCAUCAUUCUUGUGUACAUAUGCAAGGUGCAUAACACCAUCUCUUUCUUUCGUCUAUUUUGAUUUAAAUAGUGUAGCUCUAAGGCGCUGCCUUAAUGCAAAUGCCUUAAAUGAAAUGAAAAACAUUGAAAUCGACUGUAAUAUGGCAUGUGAAAGUUGGCCACAUGUCAACUUUGCUUCACUCGCUUGAAACGCUUUACAGUUUCGAAUAGCGCAAUUUUCUAUUUGGCAGCACUUUGUCCGCCCUUUGACGUUUCAAUUUCACGCGUUGCUUUGUACCUAUCUUCUGACAGCGUUCAAAGAAGCAUUCAAAGUAAAGCAAAGUAAAACAAAGCAAGCAAGGCAAGCAAAGCAAACCUUCAUCUCAUUUGUGAACUUCAGUUAUGUUUGAAGAAGACUUAAUAAAUGCUAUUGAAGUGCACAGAUGCAUCUGGGACAGGAGUCAAUUGUCUUAUCGGGACAAAAACGAAAAAUACUUGGCUUGGCGCGACGUGUCGGCGCUGGUUGGCGAAUCUGAGGCCGACUGCCGCAAACGGUGGAAAUCUUUGCGUGAUCGCUUUUCAAUCGAAUUGAAGCAGCAUCAGCAGCCAAGAGGAAGGGCUACUUCAUUCAGGAAGUGGGCAUACUUUGAUGCUAUGUGUUUUUUAAAAGGAAAUAUCACAGACCGAAAGUCUACAACAAAUAUUAAAACAGAAAUUGAAACAGAGUCUUCAUUUUCGUUUGAGUGAAGCAAAAGCGGCGAAUUGGUUUUAAACGACCAAACAGAAGAAUCAGAAUCUGUUUCUACUAAGCGAAAGAAGCGAAAAGAAGACGAAGACAGCAGCUGCAAUUCUUUAAAUGAAGACGUAAGUGGAUUUGUAAAAAGUCGGAAGACUUACGUCCACGACAAUUUUUUGGGUGCCAUUGGUGAUAUUUUCGAAAAAGUUCCGCCUGAACAACAAUUAGAUUUCAAAAUGGAUGUACUGCAGUACGUCUAUGCAAAAUUUAAAUCUCUGAGCGCCAAUUAAAAGCAUAGUGUGAAUUUUCUUUACAUUUUACUUUUAAGUUUUAUGCCAUAAGCAAUAUGCUAAAGAUAUAUUGAUGUACUUUACCUUUUUUUAUAAAAUAAUACGUUUUCGUUUCUAUUUGAAAUAAAUGUAAUUAAUUUUUAUUAUUA